UGUCUUUGUUUUACACCUCUAGACGAUAAGAUUCUACAACAAUCAACAUGAUCCACUAGUUGCAAUGACAUCAUGCAUAACAUCACCAAAACUUGUCUCAACUUUAUAACCAAUGCUAGAUAUCUAAUAUCUUCAAACAAACCAAACUCAUUAACCAAAACAAAAAUGGCAAAUAUGGUUGCAAAGCUCGUGUUCAUCCCAGCCCCUGGCCUUGGUCAUAUCAUGUCAACCAUCGAGAUCGCAAAGUUAUUUGUGAAUCGAGAUCAACGUUUUUCCAUAACGGUCCUAGUCAUCAAGCCUCCUAGCUCCGGUUCUGGCUCGACUAUCACCACUUACAUUGAAUCGUUAGCUAAAAACAACACGGAUCGCAUAUCCUUCGUUGAACUCCCUCAACAGGAAAUUGCGCCACCGAGUGACUCAAAAGGUCCCUUGGCUUCUUACAAUGAGUUCAUCAAAAGUCAUUGCAAAUAUGUGAAAAACAUUGUGGCUGACAUGAUAAGCCAAACGGGUUCGGGUCAGGUUGCAGGGUUUGUGAUAGACAUGUUUUGUACUUGCAUGAUAGAUGUGGCUAAUGAGUUUGAUGUUGCAACCUAUGUGUUCUUCACUUCUAAUGCUUCUUUUCUUGGAUUUAAAUUCUUUAUCCAGACAUUCAACGAUGAGCAAAACCAAGACGUUGUUGAGUUGGGCCACUCGGACACCGAGAUAACCGUUCCAACGUUUGUCAAACCGAUGCCCACGAAGGUCUUUCCGACCGUGUUCCAGACCAGAGAGACUGUAGACAUUGUUUUGUCAGCCGUGCGGAGAAUGAGAGAUGUCAAAGCAAUAAUUGUUAAUUCGUUUUUGGAAGUGGAAACACACGCAAUUGAGUCGUUGUCUGCUGACAACACCAUCCCACCGGUGUAUCCGGUGGGACCCAUACUCAACCUAGAAGGUGGUACGGGUGGUGGUGGAAAACCAUUGGAUGAUGACGUCAUCAAGUGGUUGGAUAACCAACCGCCUUCGUCGGUUAUAUUCUUGUGUUUUGGGAGUAUGGGUAAUUUUGAUGAGGUUCAAGUGAAGGAGAUAGCACGUGCUUUAGAGCAGAGUGGUGUGCGUUUCGUGUGGUCGUUACGCAAGCCUCCGCCAGAUAAAACAUCUCAUGUCACGAUAGAGUACGAGGAUUUUAGAGUGGUUUUGCCGGAAGGGUUUUUAGAGCGAACGGUUGGAAUAGGGAAAGUCAUUGGUUGGGCCCCACAGGUGGCGGUACUGGGUCACCGUGCAGUUGGAGGGUUCGUGUCCCACUGUGGGUGGAACUCGUUGUUGGAGAGUUUGUGGUUCAGUGUGCCAGUGGCAACAUGGCCUAUGUAUGCUGAGCAGCAGAUCAAUGCGUUUGAAAUGGUAGUGGAGCUAGGAUUGUCGGUGGAAAUCAAAUUGGAUUAUAAAAGGGAUUCGUUUAUCCCUAUGGCAGAAUCAGUUGUGGUACCGGCGGAGGAGAUAGAAACUGGGAUAGGACGGCUGAUGGAGGAUGAUUUGGUGAGGGCGAAAGUGAAAAAGAUGAGUGAGAAGAGCAGAUCAACGGUGCUGGAGGGUGGUUCAUCGUAUGCGUAUUUUGGUUCUCUUAUUCAAGAUUUGAUAACAAACAUCUCUUAAGUUUUGUCUCUUUAAUUCUACUACACUAAAAAGUAAGUUUGAUAGUUUUCUUUUUGUCGAUCCUCAUAGUUAAUAAACCCUUUUUAAAGUAUAGUCUCAUUUGCAUUU